GCAGUUGAUCUUGUGUGGUGUCCUUUAAGUUAAAGGUUAUUUAUGAAAUCAGAAUCACAUGAUUUGAAGAAAGAUUGUAAAACGUACGAGAAACCAACAGAUCAGUACAACUACAAGCUUAAGGGAAAAUAUAUCAAAAUGCCGUUGUGUAGAUUUGAGACAAAUAUUUCCAAUGUUCCUAAAGACUUUCAUAUUCUUCUUACUGACUUACUAGCAGAUAUACUUGGUAAACCUAAAGAGAAAAUAAGUGUGGUAGUAUACCCUGGACUGCAAAUGUAUCGUGGAGGAACAGAUGAUCCAACAUGUCAGCUUGUCAUAUGGUCAAUUGGAGUGUUUGGAGUCGAACAAAACCCAAAUAUGCUGGUCCUGUUUAUGAGCUGAUCAAAGAAAAAUUAGGAAUAUCAGAUGAUAGAAUUGUUCUAGUUUUCCAUGACUUGAAGCCUCACGAGUUAGCCAAACCUCUUUAAUUGAGAAAAAUCAAGGUUUUUCAAGGAAUCUGAAUGACAACUUUAAAACUUUUCUUGAUAUUAGAUAUUUACCAACACAACAGUUAUUCUUGAUAUCACAAAAAGAGGGCCAGAUAACCUAAAAUACUGCAUAGUUGCUUAAAAUCUUUUUUGUAUGCACUGAAUAUAAAAAUAAAAAAAUUCUAAACUUUUAUUAAGAAUAGAUAGUCUCAGGGUUACAUGUAUAAAGACAAGUUAUUUUUGGCUAUCGUACAAACAUAUUACUAGAAUUAUAUUAUUUGAUGUUGUUUUUAUUCUAAGUUGAUGGUGUUACUAAAGUACAACCCAACUAAUACUUUUUUACUAGUUUGAAAAAAAGUUAUAGUGCUGUUAUUAUUUGAAGACUAAGAUUAAGUUAGUUUAGAAUCUAUAACGUAUUUACGUUAUAUUAAUAUGUAAAUUCUUAUAAAAUAUCAAUAAAGAAUUAACAUAUUAGAUGUUGAUUUUUGAUAACAAUAAGAAAGUGUACUACUGAAACUUGUGCCUUUUGUAUAGAUAUCUUUUACUAAAAUUUACUUUACUUAAUAAUUAUUCACAUUUUAAUAACUCGUUAGUGUUACAGAUAAAGGCAUAGAAUGGAAGUGCAUUAGUUUUCUGGUUUUUUCUUUUUUCUGUAAAAUAAUUAGUUUUUUGAGCUACCAUGCGAUAGAAAGUAGUUUAAUAUCUGUUUGUUAAAAAAUGCAAUGUGCAUUUCAAAAAUGUUAAAUUUUGUACAUUAAUUUAGUUUUUCUGGAAUAAUAAAAAAUGUAAGUUUUACAUAGCUUAGGAAGAAAAUGAUUUAGCGUAAUAAUUUUUGAAGCUAUAAAUGGUACUCCUGUAUAAAUAGGAAAUAUUAUUUGAAUGAAAGAAAAAUUAUUUACUUGAAAUAGAUAUGCAAUAGUGCAUUGGUGGAUACUAUAUCUCCUCCUCCUCUUUUUUGUUCCUUUGAAGCUUUGGUAACCAAUGCACAGCUGUUUAGCAUGAAGGUUAUUACAGCUGUUGAUUAUAACUACUAAGUAAUGAAAUAUGUGAAUUUAAACUACUUAUUAUAUAGAUGCAGCAUAUAGUAGUCUAAUUUUGUUUAGAGAAACAUUAAUUUCUCGAUUGCAUCUUGAAUACUGGCUUUUUUACAACUAAAUUUCUCCAAGAUAAAAAUGUCCUCGUUAAUAUCAACAUGAAAGUUUUUGAUUUACAUGGUGUUGAUCUUAAAGGUUUGUUUGUUUUUUUAUGUAGGAAGAUUUUUUUUACUUUCUGUAGAAUGCAACAGAAAAACACAAUCACUAAGAUUUAAGGAAAUUAUUCUAGUCUAAAAAGGAAAUAUAAUUAAUAAUUGUGCCAAAUGUUAUAAUAAAAUUAGUAGUCAAUGUAUCCUCGGGAAGCGUCACAUAAUUAGUUAACCCUUUCCUAAACUAGUUUACAUAGUCUGCAUUUCAGUAUAAAGAACUUUCUCACAUAAAGUUUCUAGUGAUGUCCCUAAAUGCAUUUUUAUAUAGUAAAA